GAACGGUCGGGGCCACAGACGGCGUGGAUGGCGGACUCGCAUCUGUUCUGCGUGGCAGAGGAGCGCAGCGGCCACUGCGCUGUGGUGGACGGAAGCUUCCUUUACGUGUGGGGGGGCUAUGUGUCUAUUGAAGACAAUGAAGUAUAUUUACCUAAUGAUGAAAUCUGGACCUAUGAUAUUGAUAAUGGGUUGUGGACAAUGCAUCUAAUGGAAGGAGAACUUCCGUCCUCCAUGUCAGGAAGUUGUGGUGCUUGUAUUAAUGGAAAGCUGUAUGUUUUUGGAGGAUAUGAUGACAAAGGAUACAGCAAUCGACUUUAUUUUGUUAAUUUGAGAACAAGAGAUGAAACCUAUGUUUGGGAAAAAAUCACCAAUUUUGAAGGACAACCCCCUACACCACGUGAUAAACUUUCCUGCUGGGUAUAUAAAGACAGAUUAAUAUAUUUUGGUGGAUAUGGGUAUAGGAGACACAAUGAACUUCAAGACUGUUUUGAUGUUCAUGAUGCAUCUUGGGAAGAACAGAUAUUCUGGGGAUGGCAUAAUGAUGUUCAUGUAUUUGAAACAAAGACACAAACUUGGUUUCAACCAAAAAUUAAAGGCGGAGUUCCACCACAGCCACGUGCUGCCCAUUCUUGUGCAGUUCUUGGAAAUAAGGGCUAUAUCUUUGGCGGACGUGUUUUGCAAACUAGGAUGAAUGAUCUGCACUAUCUAAACUUAGAUACCUGGAUUUGGUCUGGAAGGAUCCCUAUUAAUGGAGAGAACCCCAAACAUCGGUCAUGGCAUACUUUGACACCAAUAGCUGAUGAUAAACUUUUCUUAUUUGGUGGACUAAGUGCAGACAAUAUACCCUUAAGUGAUGGUUGGAUUCAUAAUAUCAUAACAAAUUGUUGGAAACAACUUACAUAUUUACCUAAAACAAGACCCAGAUUAUGGCACACAGCCUGUCUGGGAAAAGAAAAUGAAAUAAUGGUAUUUGGAGGGAGCAAAGAUGAUUUACUUUCCUUGGAUACAGGUCACUGUAAUGAUUUAUUGAUCUUUCAAACACAACCUUAUUCACUACUCAGGUCAUGCCUUGACUGCAUUGGUAAAAAUGCUAUGCUUUUAGAAAGUCAAAUAUCUUUACUGCCUCCUAAACUUUUCCAACAAGUACUCAAAAAAAUAACAUUUUGGACUGCAGCUACUCAUCGAGAAGAACAAGGAACCCAAAAAGAAGAAAAAGAAAAUAAGUAUCAAUGUAUUAAUAGCAACUAAGUUGUUAUACAUAAAUAAUGUUUAACUAUUUUAAACAGAUUAUAUAUUAACCCCCCCAAAUUGGAGGCUUUAUUUAAAAUACAAAAUUUGAAACAAAAAUUCUAUAAGUUAAUGUAAAUAUAUGGCACAGAAUAUAUGGAAAUAGGAUGUUAAUGGCAGAUUAAUUUUAUAUUUAUAUUUGUAAACUAGUUUCUAUAUAAGUUCCAGAAAAUAUAGAAUUUCUAAAAGUUAGUAUAAGAGAUUUUUUACUUACUGUGUAUUCUUUCCUGGGAAAGUUAUAUAUAUUUGAGGAGAAUAAGAAAUCGUCCCAAGGAUAACCCCAGCAUAAUAUUACACCUAUAAAAACAGUACAUCACCUUUCAGAUAGAGCAUAUUUUCUUGAGUCAUUUUACAAUUUCUUAAAGGUUCUCUUUUAAAUAUCUCAAUCAUUAAAGUAACUUCUUCUGAAAUAACUACUACAGCUGGACAGCAACAAUGAAGUAGGCAAACACUGGUGUGAUAUUAAAUAUUGAUCAGUCUCACCCUCUAAGUAUUUAAUCUGAUAAUCUUAGGCCUUAUUACGAAUUCACUUAAGUAGGAUAAUGUCUUCAAUUGUUUUCUCUUUUUGUUAGCUCUAGGUUAAUAAUUUUUCCAUUUAUACAUAUGUAACUGAAACUGAAAAAUAAUAAAUAAUAAAAUAAAAUGCAUAUACAUA